UACGAUACGAAUGUGUGAUACGAUAUGCUGUUCACCGUCCGGACACACCGACAACAUCGUCUACCUUACAUUGUACGCUAAUUACUGUAAAUCAUUGCGUUUCAAAUAAAAUCAUCGUCGUCACAUUUUGCGCAGGAAAACUGACGAAAUCGAGUGAAAUUAUAACAUCGACACUAUGUCGAGUGACGGGACUUAGCCGAAGGUCUGUUAACCGCGACUGUUCGCACGUCUUACCGACGUCCCGUGUGCGAAAUCGUCUGCAGGUUUCGUUUACAACCGAUCGUUUCGCGUUUCAUGUCAUUUCAUUUUGUACAUCGGCGCAAAACGAUUUAUUAUGUCAUAAACGUACAACCGAAUGAUCGCGAGCCCGCAGUCCCGUUAUCGAUGCGUACAUGCAUAGCCAACGAUGAUGGGUUAUGUCCCGUCGCAACGCCGCCGCCACUGUGUGAUCACCAUGACAGCGAUCGACAACGCCGUCUGUUGAAUGCUCGGUUGAAACAUUUCGAUUGAUAUUUAAUUCGGUCGAUCGGUCGUGUGCGACCAGCGAGAUUCUCGUAUGUAAUGGAUAAUCAGAGAGUGUGCAAACUAAAGUUCAGAAAACGGAAGGCGGCUCCGAACGUAACGUUUUGUAUGAAAACAGAAAGAAAUGCGUCAAAUAAAAAAAUAUUAGAAAUCAUUCAAAAGCCAUUAUCUGAGCGAACAAUUGAUGACAAAGAAAUUCUUAAUACAUGUAAAGAUACAGUACAGAAGAUAUCUCAAAGGUUAGAUAGACAAAAAAAAUUAAAAGAACGAUGUCAAGAAUUUGAAGAUCCAAUUGAAAUACUAGAUAAAAAAUGUGAAGAACUUGCAAAGGCUAUUUCGUCUGCAUCCAAUUUAGUAGUGUAUACUGGUGCAGGAAUAAGUACAGCAGCUAAAAUACCUGAUUAUAGAGGCUCAAAUGGAAUAUGGACAUUAUUAGAUCAAGGAAAAGAUAUUGGAUGUCACGACUUAAGUCAAGCAGAACCUACAUUAACGCAUAUGGCAUUAUAUCGAUUAUAUCGUGAAGGAUUACUAGGGCAUGUCGUUUCUCAAAAUUGUGAUGGGUUGCAUUUAAGAAGUGGUCUACCAAGACCAGCAUUGUCAGAAGUUCAUGGUGAUAUGUUUAUUGAGGUAUGUAUCAAUUGUAAACCAAACAGGCAUUAUUUACGAAUGUUUGAUGUGACUGAACAUACAGCAAGAUUUAAUCACAAAACACUAAGGUUAUGUUAUGCUUGUCACAAACCGUUGAAAGACACAAUUGUUCAUUUUGGAGAACGUGGCAAACUACAGUGGCCUAUUAAUUGGUCAACGGCUUGUAAACACGCUGAGAAAACUGAUGUUAUUUUGUGCUUAGGAUCCAGCUUAAGGGUUUUGAAAAAGUAUCCAUGGCUUUGGUCAAUGGAUAGGCCAGCUAAGAAAAGACCAAAGUUAUACAUUGUAAAUCUUCAAUGGACCCCUAAGGAUGAUCAAGCUACUUUAAAAAUAAACGGUAAAUGUGAUGAAAUUAUGAAAAAAGUAAUGUCAAUCUUGAAUUUGGAUAUUCCCAAGUAUCAACGUUGUCUUGAUCCUAUAUUUCAUCAUGCCACAAUGUUAGUAGCAGCUGAAGAACAUACAACAGUACAUCCUGUUUUAGCUGUUCCAACUGAUGAUGUUCAAAAAAACGAUUCAAGUACAAUAACAAAAUGUGAAAAAAUAGAAUUAGAUAUUAGUAACAAUAAAAAUAAUACCAAAAUGUGUUCAGGAUCAAAAGACCUAAUUCAACCAGUUGAUCUCAGUUUAGUUAAAUUAGAAAAUAAUACAUCCAUAGUUGAUCAAAGCGAGUCAAUUAAUUCUCCGUCGUGUUCAAACAUGGAUAGUGUUCCAAAUUUAAAUAAUUUUUGGAGGCCUUUUAUUGAGGGUGUAGAUCCAAAUUCAUUGGAAGGUCGCAAUAUGCUAUCAUUGGUUGAACCAAUAGUACCAUACUUAAAUCCAUUUUUUAUCAAUAAUAUGGAAACUUUAGGAUUGUCUCCAACACCCGUUGAUCAGUUUUACAAAAACUUUGUAUAUCAAGCAUGUAUAGGAUUAGCCGCAGUUGAAAAAUUACAAAUAGAAAAAAAGAUGACAAACAAUUUUAAAAAAAAGAAAAAAGAUAUUAGUGAAGAUAAAGAUGAUAUUAAAAAAACAGAUGUUUCAAUAAGUCGUUAUUGUACAUUUUGUCAUCCAGUUUAUGGUUCAACUAAAUGUCUAUUUUAUCAUAAAUAUGAGUCAAAGUUCAAAGACGAUGUUACCAAUUGUUUGUGUUGUGAUGAUGAUACAGAUGAAGAAGAUGAAAAUGAACUGAAAACUGAGGACAUAGCUGAUAAGAAUGAUGAAGUUAUAGAAAAAGCCAAAGUUACUGCAGGCUGGUUUGGGAAAGGUUACAAGAAAAGAAUUAAAAAAAAAAAAUAGGUACAAUAAUCUAAUUUAAAAUUAGUUUUUCUCAUUAUUUAUUUACCUUCCAGUAUUUAAGUUAAGUUGUACUACAAUUUUAAGGUUGUAUAGUUCUAAGAAUAUCUAUAAUCUUAAGAGUAUUCAUCUGGUAACAUUUAUUAUUUAUGUUUACUCAAACUUUGAUACUUAUAUUAUAAUAUUUUUUAUAUUAAAAUCAUGUUUAGAAUUGGC